CUGUGACAGCAGCUCUUGGGUUUUUCUCAUCUGAGCCCAAGAAGCUUGUUUAUGGAGAGCUUCCAUCUGCUGGCUCCUCUGGCAUCUGCUGCAUGGGCAGGCUGGCUGUCUCAAGGAAGCACUGGCCUUUGCCUCCUUCAGGAAGACUCCAAGAUUUAAUGAAAUGGCUCAAGAAGAGAUGGAAGUUGAUCUCCAGCAGGCGGCUGGCUACUCUGUAGAGAACCUCAGGACGUUUUUCACCGAGCCCUCUGGUUAUGCUGUGCUGUCAUCCCAUGCUUCAGUGCUCAGUGAAGGAGGAGACAGCAUUACAGUUCUCCCUGCUGAUGACGCUGUUGUCAUACCAAAUGCUGACACAACAAGGGAAGCGGCUGCUGAGCCUGAGCCACAGUUGAGUCCUGCCCUGGCUCUCAACAGACUGCAAAGGCUACAAGGGGCGUUUGAUCCGUAUCGGCCGUUGCCUGUGCCGCAGGUCACACAGCGUCUGCGAGUGACGAGAGCUCGCAGGCAACAGAGAAUUGGUGGUUCCCAGAGGACUGUCAGUGCCAGGACAGCAUUGGACAGUUACUUUCAACUCAGCAGGACCCAAGAGCCAGCUACAGGACCAGUUCCACAUCUGGAUCCCUUGCAUAUUGCAAGGCCCAGCCAGGAACACAGCUCAGAUGAAACCAUAGAAGUGAGCAACUCUGACAACAGCACCUCGGAGGAGGAGGAAGCAGUGGAGGCACCACUGCUGUUACCGUCAGCCCAGGAGACACCUCCAGCAGCUAGCUCAGGAGUUUCCAGUCAGGUCCAAGCAGAGCCACCCCAAGCUUUGUCUCAGGCUUCUGUGGAACGCGGUAGUCAUGGAGAUGAAGAGGCUGAAGUCCAGCAAAAGCAGAGAACUCCACUAAAGAAACUGGAGCCAUCAGUUCCUGUUGCACCGCUGGAUGAGGAAGAAGGGGAUACCUGUGCGAUCUGCUUUGAGCAGUGGACCAAUGCUGGGGACCACCGUCUCUCGGCAUUGCGGUGUGGGCACCUGUUUGGUUAUACCUGCAUUGAAAGAUGGCUCAAGGGGCAGGGAGGGAAGUGCCCCCAGUGCAAUAAGAACGCGAAACGUUCUGACAUUGUGAUACUGUAUGCUCGUACUUUGAAAGCGCUGGAUACCAGUGAACAGGAACGCAUGAAAAGCUCUCUAGAAAAGGAGCAGAUAUUGCGGAGACAGGCGGAACUGGAAUCUGCACAGAGCCGUCUCCAGCUGCAGGUUUUGACAGAUGAAUGCAGCAAACUCCGCAAGCAAGUUCAGGAGCUGAAGGCUGUGGUGGCCCAGCACAAUGUGAGUCCUUCCCAGCAACCUGGUAGCUCCCGCACCUGCCUCCCAGGCAGCCUCCCCUCCAGCCAAAGCCAGCGCAAGUACCACUUGGAAAAGGUUUUUGUGGUGUCUCAGACUGGGAACUGCAGAGUAAUGGCAUACUGUGACUCACUGAGUUGUCUUGUGGUAUCACAGCCUUCUCCACAGUCUACUUUUAUUCCUGGUUGUGGUGUUAAGAUGAUGAGCGUGGCCAACCUGAAGAGCAGUCAGUACAUCCCCAUCCACAGUAAACAGAUUCGGGGACUGGCUUUUGGCAAUCGAGCAGAUGGCUUGCUGCUCUCUGCUGCUCUGGACAACACUCUCAAACUUACCAGCUUGGCAACAAAUACUGUGGUGCAGACAUACAACGCUGGCCGUCCUGUCUGGAGCUGCUGCUGGUGUCUUGAUGAUACAAACUACAUCUACGCUGGACUAGUCAAUGGCUCUAUCAUGAUAUAUGAUUUGAGAGACACGAACUCUCACGUCCAGGAACUAGUCCCUCAGAAGUCUAGGUGCCCCAUGGUAUCACUCUCCUAUCUGCCCCGGAUGGCCUCUGCAUCACUGCCUUAUGGUGGAAUAUUAGCUGGGACCUUGGAAGGAGCCUGCUUUUGGGAACAGAAGGAUGGCAACUCCUACCGGCCUCAUUACCUGCCGCUGGAACCUGGAGGAUGCAUCGAUAUUCAAACAGAGAUCAGCACACGACACUGCCUCGCGACUUACAGGCCUAGUAAAAAUAACCCAUGUGUGCGUUGUGUGAUGAUGGAACUGACCUGCAGCUCACCGACUGAGGGCUCUGAAGAUGUGGUGUGUUCUUCUAACCCAGUUCAGACUUUCAGUGCUGGGCCCACCUGCAAGCUGCUGACGAAGAAUGCCAUUUUUCAGAGCCCAGAGGAGGAUGGCAGCGUCUUUGUGUGUGCUGGUGAUGAGGCAUCUAAUUCUGCCCUGCUAUGGGAUGCUGGAAGUGGCUCCUUGCUGCAGAAGCUGCAGGCUGACCUGCCUGUGCUGGAUAUCUGCCCCUUGGAAGUGAACCAAACCCACCUCCUGGCCACUCUCACUGAGAAGAUGGUGAAGAUCUACAAGUGGCAUUGAGAUUGGUUGCUCCACCUGCCAGAGAGGCUUUCCAAAUAUGCUGCUGAUUAACCCUACACGACUGCCCAGCCCCAGACUCUGCUGCCCUGCACGUGCUGCUUACUUGAGAUGGAAACCGCUAUGGCACCCUCCUGGCAGUAGGCAGGAACUGGGAUGUGCUGGUGCCUGGAGCAGUUCCCUUCUUCCUCCAUCUUCCUUUUUAGGUCUGACCUUAUUUCUUCUUUGGUCAGUUUUCUUCAGUCAAACUCCACAAGCUUGCCUCAGCACAGCAAUAAUUUUUGGACUGUCUCUAGUGUGUGCUGCUGCACUUUUUUCCAGUGUGAAUACAGCACAAGGACUUGCAAAGCUCUUUUACGAAUCAACAAAGUAAGAGGAACUUGAAAACCUGAGACUCCCACUGUACUUUCUCACAGAGUCCCGCUGUGGUUACUAGGUGAAGAAAAGGUGGCAAUAUCGGCACCUCGCUAGCAUUGCUGAUACUCAGUGUAAAAACAAGUUCACUGCUUUAGGGAACAUACUCCCAUGUUUUCUUGAAGGUCAGUUGGCAGUUAUUCCCUGGUGAGGACAGACCCUAUUUUGUGGCCAUGGAGAGAACAGGCUUGGAAAGUCUACAGAGAACCUUUUUCUUUUGUGGUUCUCCCCCCCGUGAGCUAUGUAAUUUGCACUGUAAUUCCUUAACUCUCUGCCCUGUUUCCUUCCCUUUCUCUCUUCCCUGCUUCACUCGCAAGCAAACUUGGACAGUUUGGUUGUGGAAAAUGGAGCUGGAGAAGUACAGGUAAAGAGGAGGAGAUGAUUCUUGUACUGUUGGCUGCUGAAGUCCAUGGUGUCCUUCCUUAAAGAGUGUGAUGUACUGAAACAUGAUGGUACCUUGGAAAGAAUGCUGGCUGCUUUUUUUUUUGAUGGAAUUCUGCCCCCCCCCACUGCCCUUUGAGGAACUGGUGGAAACUCAGGGAUUUAAUUAGUUUGGUUUCACCAACCUUUUGCCUUCCUUAAACCAUAGUUGCCAGCUCACCAGUGGUCACAGGCAGUUUUCAGUUGUAUUUGUGUGCAAAUGUGCUGCAGACUCUGCUGGUUUACCUAAAUCUGAGCCGAAGGGGUGGGAUCAAAGGUCAGGGGCUGCGUGCUGGCCAGCUGGGCUCCACCCUUACCAUAAAUACGCUGAGGGGUGUGAGAACGUUUAUCUCCAGGUCAGAUUGUGAAAGAGAACUUAGGUUUCAUUUUAUGUUUAACGAAAUCAAACUUGGAAGGAUAUUGGAAGCUGCAAGAGUUCCCGUGCUGGAAGAAUAUCCCUUGGCACACCUCUGCCUUGGGCCAUGGUAAGCAGCACCCAACUUGUUCAGAUUGAGUGUGCUACCACUUAAACUGCCCAAACAAUUUUAUUUUCUGAAGUCUGGGGCUUGCACAGUGUGAUCCUGUUCAUCUUCCAUCUUAAAAAUGAGAUUGAGAAGAUCUCUGUUUAACUUUAUAUUUUUCUGUAUAGUAUUUUGUUCCUAUAUUUGUAUAUACUAUAAAAAUAAAUCAUUUAUAGUUAUGAAAUAAAA